AUGGCUUUCUCAGCGACUCUGUCUCAGCUUUCUUCUCUUUCGACAAUCUCCUCUUCACUGCCACUUUCUUCUGGAAGUUUCCCUCUUCGAGCUCUGUCUCAAUUCACAGUCAAAGCAGAAGCAGAGAAAGAGAAACAGAGCACACAGGCUAAACCCGAAGGGGAAGCAGCAUCAGCCUCAACCAAACCUCCCAAAACUCUUCCCAAGAAACCGGUUUACUCGAUGAAGAAGGGUCAAAUCGUUCGUGUGGAGAAGGAGAAGUACCUCAACAGCAUCAAUGUCUUGGACAUUCGUGUCUUUGAGACAGGAGAGUAUGCACUUGUUGGAUGGGUUGGUAUUCCGACCGCACCAGCUUGGCUUCCAACAGAUAUGCUCAUCAAGUCUGAGAAACUUGUUUACGAGCGGCUAUAG